AUUGAAGCUGUCUUUCGUAACAACGCCCGGGCUGAGAUCAGGCCGACCACAACAGCAAGGUCGUCGGUCGGUCAGAGAGAGCGAGAGUUAAGUGCCUCCCGUAGGUGCGUCCUGUGUCGGUGAAAGCGAAAAACGGAGUGUCGAGUGCAAACCAGUUAUAGGAGGCGGGUGAGCAUGGAACGGAAGCGACGCCCCGCUUGCUGUGACGCAUAAGAAAUGCCAUACAAGGCCGUCGCUUCUUGGAUAAUCAAAACAUUGCUGAAAAGAGCUUCCAAAAGAGUGGCCAAUUAGCCGCAAGCGGUUGAUUAGCGGGGCUGAGCGGUGCGCGAGGGGCUAUGAAUGGUGACCGUGAGAGUGGUUUCGAAGCCGAACAACACCCGCCCGGACCGGGAAUGGGUGACAAUCGGUUCACCAACUACCUGCAACCGCCGAACGCGUCAGCGCCGAUGAUGGUCUUGCAGCAGCAUCGCCACUUUCAGCACCAGUGCCGUAUCUGCGGGGCGAACGAAGGUCUGCGGCGCUGCUCGCGCUGCCAGAUUGCGUACUACUGCUCGGUGGACCACCAGCGGAUCGACUGGAAGGUGCACAAGAUAGAGUGCCGCUCGAUACAUCAGCUUCCUUCGCAGCCGUUUCCGCAACAGCAGCAGCUGGCGCAGCAACAAUCCCCCCCUCGUGCGCUGUACAACGGCGGUGGGGGAUCGGAAGCCGCUCCGGACCAGCAGCUUCAGGGCAUCUUCCUGCCCGCGCCCGAGAACGGCGAGGAGUCGUGUCUACGUGCAGAAAUGCUAGGUCCCGCGCGCACCACCACCAUCAACGGUGGCGGCGCUUUCGUGCAGCGGGCAACGAAUGUAAACACCGCACCACUACACGCACAGGCGCUACUCACACCAUCAGUGUCGCCCUCGUCGUCGUCGUCGCCAGCAACAAUAACAUCGCCCACCGACCCACCGCAGACAACGUUAACGUCGGACGCGAGCAGCGACAGCGGCGAUGAGCUGCUGAACGAGCUCGCAGUCGCAAAGUUAUUUCCGAUCGACGUGCUCGCCUCGGCAGAUGAACUGGCCGAUCUCGAUCACAUCGACGUUGACCACAUUCUGAACGAGAACAACUUUCUCAACAACAUUAACAACUUGAACGUGUUCGAUAGCACCGACCAGCAGCAACAACAACAACAACAGUUACCGUUUGGCGAAAGUGAUUUUGUGCCCACGAACAAUAAUCAAAGCUUUACCGGUGCCGAGACGGCGCUCUUUCACAACAAUAACAACAUCAUAGACGAAUCGGUCGUGCUGCUUGCGAACGGACAAAGUGUGUCUUUCGGUCCGAGUGCCGGAAACCUGUCGAACGCAAUGCAUCAGACGGGCAGCGUCAUGUUGAUGCAGCCCCAACAGCAGCAACCGCAGCCACAACAACCGCAACACGAGCCUCGACAGACCAAAUCGCAGCAACAGCAACAGCUCGCCGCUCUAAUCGGCAGAUCCGGAGGCGGCGGCGGCGGCGGCGGUGGCCCUACCAUCGACGGAACACUGCUCUCGUCGAUACGCUCGCCGGUCGGAAGUGAUACCGUCAAUGCUCUGCUUAGUGUACUGCAAGGAGAUGCCGGUUCUAAACCGACGAAUGAUACGCCCGGCCCCGGUACGGGUGACGUGCUGCGUGAUGAAGGUUCGGCCAGUGAAGGAAACGAGUCCGAUGGCUUCGAGCUGGAUAGUGAUUUGAAUGAAGCGUGCCACAGUUUGAUACGGGACAUGAAUGAGUACGGGGUGUGUGUGCUGGACAACUUCCUGGGCCAGGAGCGUGGCCUGCAGGUGCUGAAGGAAGUCACGGGAAUGUAUUCGUCGGGUGUGUUUCGGGACGGGCAGCUAGUGUCUAAUCGUGGCGGGAAAAAUCUGCGACACAUCCGUGGUGACAAAAUCACUUGGAUUGGUGGCAAGGAGCCGGGUUGCGGCAGCGUAGGAUACCUUAUCAAUCGGGUUGACGCCGUCAUCACCAACUGUAAACGCAUGAAGAGCAACGGAAAACUCGGCCGCUACAACAUCAAGGAACGGACCAAGGCCAUGGUGGCUUGUUAUCCUGGAUCCGGUUCGCACUACGUGAAGCACGUCGACAAUCCUAACCGCGACGGACGGUGCAUUACGGCCAUCUACUACCUAAACCUGGACUGGGACGUUAGGGAAAGUGGUGGUCUGCUACGAAUUUUCCCGGAAGGCUGCAACGACCGUGUCGCCGACAUUGAGCCAAUUUUCGAUCGUAUCCUUUUCUUCUGGUCCGACCGCCGCAAUCCCCACGAAGUGCAACCGGCCCACCGUACACGGUACGCCAUCACCCUGUGGUACCUGGACGCGGAAGAACGCGAAUCGGCACGCCUGCGCUACCAGCGCGAUUGCGAGAACAGGUUUAAGACACCGGCACAAUAAGGGCCCAGACAGGCGGUGGUGAAGUUGGAAGGGAAACCAAUUACAAGAUAAGAUGCCCCUGGCCUUCCCGCUCCACUAGAAGGAGCCCUUUGCCGCUUUCCGUGGCGCAGUAACGAAGGGCAUUCAUCCUUGCAGAAGGCGGCAUGCCAUGUAUUGCAGAACCGACCGGGUGGGUGUGACGGUCCUACCAAAUCGAAUAAUUUAUUAGAGAAAUUGUUAAUCAAAUGUGAUAUAUCUUUUACGCUAUUACACUACACAAACGAGACGAGUACAUGUUGCGUAGAAUCGUUUGAGAAUUAAUGCUGCAAACGGAGGGACCGUGUUUUGAUGUCGACGGCGGUUGGGAUAGGGUUUUGUUGAACGGACAGAUUUAGUAGCUUUAUAUAACUGUAACCAUGUUGAGUUGUACAUAGAGAACCUAGGAAUGGAACUGAGUGUGAACAUCGAGUUAAUUGCGGACGGAAUUCCGUUUGUAGAAGGUGUUGGAACAAGAAAAAAAACAUAAUAGAGCGUUAAGCGUUAGGUAACAGAGUGAGACAAGCAUAGGCGAAGGACAAGGAACUGUGAACAUUGAUUAAAGUGUAUAGAGUAGAGAAAAUCAAUGCAAAUCAAUCGGUUUCAUUAGAUAGCAAAUUGGGGAAACAUUUUCCCGCGGUUUUGUGCUCGGUAUUAAUUAACUGUGCUUUCUUCGAUAGGCCGUAGGCGAGUUGAGGAGUAUUGAUAAGUGCGAGAAUUUAACGGUUGCAGCAGGAUAGUCAUGCGUCAACAGAGUAAAAUAAUCAAAUAACAAUGAAAGAGAGAAGAAGAGAUGAUCAUUUAUAUUUUUAUUCCCUUGGCGUCGAUGCGGAGAAGUAUUCCAACACGGAAUGAAGGACCAACCGUAAUGCGGAACAGAGAUCCGAGCGACUAACGCUAUAACAGUGAACGACGUACGUACAGUGAUUUGUA